AUGCGUAUCGGACGAGGCUCUCCAGCUGCUGGGACCCGCUCCAUGGGCCCGCCCGAACUGAUGUUUAUCCCGUCAAUCGGGGUCUAUCGUGGCAUCGCCCUGGCGAGAUCUCGGAUUGCUGAGAGCGAAUCCACGAUUGUGGCCAUGGCUGCGAUCAUGGCCAUCCAUGCCGGACAGUCUCCAGCCCCCUCCCACCUUUUUCGUACUGAGAAGCCGCAACACGACUCGUCCAUGACGGAUCGCCGCCUGUCUGAUUCUCCUAUUGCCGCCAUUGUCUACACAUGA